UAUCCACAGAUGCAGAGGGGCUUAAUGUUGAUAUUCAGAAUGUUUAUUUUAUUUUAAUGUUUAUAUUUAUUGAAACAGAUCUUUGUGAUUAAUUCUGCAUUGCAUUAUUUCUGAAUCAGUGUUUUGAUUUGUCUAUUUUUUUUUUUAGGAUUCUUAACCAGUGCCCAUCUGCUUACGCCUGUGUGCUUCUGACAUGGCAGUGGUGUGAUCUUCCUUUAAAAAAUUUAAGUAUCACUACUGUUCCUGCAUAUAUCUGGUCACCACAACGGUCAUCCAGAAGAUUUUUUUUUUCUAAUGCAUGUAGAUUACAUUCUGUAAAUAAUAUGUCUAUUUAGAUCCACUAAUACUCUACGUACAUAAAAUAUUGUACCAAUCAAUUGUCAACAGAUUUAUCUACCUGUUGUUUUUUUUUUUUUUUUUUUUUUUUUUUUUUACAUAUAAGAAAUCAUGAGUAAUUCAACACGAUACACUACCAUUGUAUUGGCUGGCUACAUGGAUGUGGGAGAAAUCAAGUACCUUUAUUUUACAAUCUUGUUACUGUUAUACAUAACAAUUAUUUUAGCGAAUUCACUGCUGAUUGGAGUGAUUUCUGUCGAGAGGACACUGCAUGAACCCAUGUAUAUGUUUCUCUGUAGUUUGUCUGUGAAUGAAUUAUAUGGCAGUGCUGCAUUUUUCCCUGCUAUUUUAACCCACAUGUUAUCCAAGUUGCAUGAGGUGCCGAUUGCUCAUUGUUAUGUACAGAUUUUUUCACUGUACACAUAUGCGUCAGUAGAAUUGGGGAAUUUAGCAAUUAUGUCAUAUGACAGGUAUACGGCUAUCUGCUACCCUUUACUCUACAGCAGCAUAAUGACUCACACCAGGGUGUAUACACUCAUUGGACUGGUAUGGCUGAUUUCGUUUGCCAAAUUCACCAUCAAUCUUUUGAUAAAUUUAAACUUAGAAUUAUGUGCAAAUGUUAUAGAGAAAGUUUGGUGUGAUAACUACCUUAUUGUGAAACUUGCAUGUUCAGACACCACAGUGAGCAAUAUCUACGGCACAGUCGGUUCCAUCAUCAGUAUACUUGUUCCGUUACUGUUGAUAAUAUAUUCAUACAUACAGAUCUGGAGAGCCUGUUUGACCUCUUCUGCAGAAUCCACACAAAAGGCUAUACUCACUUGUACACCACAUAUUGCUUCGCUGUUGAAUUUUUCUUUUGGCUGUUCAUUUGAAAUGUUUUCAAGUAGAUUUAAUAAGGUGUACAUGCCUCCCGUGUUACGUGUAAUAAUUUCAGUUUACUUUGUGAUUUGUCCACCACUAUUGAAUCCUAUUAUGUACGGAAUAAGAUUGACUAAGAUAAAGAUGGCAUUCAAGACAAAGAUUAAUCACAGUUAGAAAUGUUUUGUUUCUCGUAAUAAAUAAUAAAGCGUUCACAUUCUUUGUGCACCUACAGAGGUAAGCUCAUAGUCUGCUUAUGUCUCAUUUUUACAUUAUGUACAGCCAAAUAAAGAGCAUAGAUUAAAAUAGAUUGUAACUGAUUGUAAUCUGAGCCAACCUGACUAGCAUUUGUGUCUAAACUCACCUUCUGACUCAUUUGAGACAUGCUCUGUUAUAUCUAUUAUACAUCUUAUAUAUUUGUACUUUGACACAUAAAUAUUAACCCUUGCUUGCAUGCACACAGAAGUCAAAAUGGCAGAUUUACAUAUAUGGUAAAAAUACAAACCACUGAAAUAAAAAAGAUUUGAGGUGUACCUUUUUUUUUAGGUGCAGGGCCAGUAACCACUGUCCGUAUUGUUGGACUGAUUGUAUUAAUACUAAUUUUUGCUGUAUGAUUUUAUUGUUGUGUUUAUUUUUUUAUGUGAUAAAGAUAAAAUCACUGUUUUUGUUGUCUGCUUGAUGCAAAAAUGAAAAAAGGCAGAUUUCUUCACUGGUAGCGGGUUGGAACACUUUUCCUGCUUGGGUGUGCUCAAAAAAAUCCACAUAAGCACAUAUGAAAGUUCAGUCCAAAAAGCAUCUAAGGAUUAAGAACAUCUAAAAUGGAGAGAGAGUGCUCAGUCAUCUAAGAAUAAUCUUAUUGCUAGGAAGCUUUUGGGAAACCCAUCCCUGGUUAGUACAUCAGUGUUAGAAUGCCAAACACAAUGUUAUCCUGUAGGCCAGUGGUUCUGAAACUGUGAU